UACACGCUUCGAGCAUCAGCAUCAUUGAUGAUAAGCAAAUCGCAGAGCUCUUGUGCCCAAAAGGUUAGACGAGGACUCGCCACCAACACCAGAAGCGUCUCCACUGACGCCCACUCAACUCGACCAACUCCCGAAGUAAAAGCGAGAACCGCAACACUCCAUUCCUUGCUUAAAAGUAAUGUCUUCCUCCGUCUGUACCUCCUGUCUUUCUGCUAUAUUGUGUGGAGAAGCUUCUGCUCCUCCUCCUUGAGAAGUUUACCAUCUCAAGCAUCCGGUGUUGGAAGAGAAAGUGGGUGAGAGGAACAGAGAUCGCCAGGAAAUGAAGGACCUCGGGGACCUGCUCCACCUGUUCGCCUGCGCCUUCCUCUUCCACUUCUCUGCGUUCAUGGUGAUCCCCGCCAUCACCGACGUCACCAUCGAGGCGCUGUGCCCCGGCCGGGAUCAGUGCUCGCUCGCCAUCUACCUCAGCGGCAUCAACCAGGCCAUCACAGGACUGGGAACUCUUGUUGUGACUCCUCUGGUUGGCAAUCUCUCGGACAAAUAUGGUCGAAAGGCUCUGCUUACCCUGCCGAUGACCUCUGCAAUUGUUCCAUUGGUUGUGUUGGCUUGCGGCCGGUCGAGAACGCACUUGUACGCCUACUUCGUGAUCAAGAUGGUCAGCGGCAUGUUCUCCGACGGCAGCAUGCAAUGCCUCUCCCUUGCUUAUGUGGCGGAUAAAGUCUGCGAGCGGAGGCGGGCGUCGGCCUUCGGCGUGCUCUCCGGGGUAUCCGCCGCGGGUUUCGUCUCCGGCACCGUUGCUGCUCGUUUCCUCCCCACCUCCCACACCUUUCAGGUCUCGGCCUCCGUGGCGGCGCUCGCAGCGGUCUACAUGAGGGUCUUCUUGGAGGAAACCGACGGCGGAGCUGCUCUCAUGGACGAGGAGUCCACCCGCCCCUUCUGCUCCCCUGCAACUGAUGGCGAGUCGUGCCCGAGUUUGCCGACCCUUAAGAAGAAGGUCCCGUCUCUGGGUGACAUGAUCUCCCUCCUGAGGAACAGUUUGACCUUAACAAGAGCUGCAAUUGUUGUGUUUUUCAACAGCCUUGCUGACAGUGGCUUUCAAUCUGCACUAUUGUACUAUCUAAAAGCACAGUUCCACUUCAACAAAGACCAGUUUGCUGAUUUGCUGCUUAUUGCUGGUGGUGCAGGAGCCUUUUCACAGCUACUUUUGAUGCCCUCACUAGCACCUGCUAUAGGCGAGGAGAGACUGUUAAAUGUAGGCCUCUUGGCAAGCUGCGCACAUAUCUUCCUUUACAGCAUUGCAUGGUCGUAUUGGGUCCCUUAUUUUGCUUCCACAUUUGUAAUUUUGGGUGUUUUUAUUCACCCAUGUAUUAGGAGCAUUGUAUCCAAAAAAGUCAGAUCCAAUGAACAGGGUAUGGCUCAAGGAUGUAUUACUGGCAUAGCUUCAUUUGCUAGUAUUCUUUCUCCACUAGCCUUCACCCCUCUCACAGCUCUGUUCCUGUCAGAAAACGCGCCAUUUACCUUCAAAGGUUUCAGUAUCAUGUGUGCUGGGUUUGCAUCGCUCUUAGCCUUCACAUUGAGCAUUACAAUGAUGUCAACUACGACGAUACCGUAUCAGAAAGUGUAACGGUGCAAUACAUGUACAGUACAUGUUCUCAAGAAUGUAAAUUCCCGUUCAGCUCGUGUUCCUAUUCUCAAUUCUGUGGUCUCUAGCAUGUAAGAAACUGGAAGCUGCAAGAAGAUGAUCGAUCAGUUGAUACUUGAAGGAUGAACUGAGGAAAAUACUCAGUUGUAAGACCUCUGAGGAGUUCUCUCACAAGGCAAAAGCUGAUCGCUUUUCUUUGGAUACUGAACAUGAUGAAGGAAACAAAUCUACCACUCUAUGUAAUAUGCUCCUUGUCGCCCUGUCAUGUAUGUCGAUAGUUUCAUGUAUGUAUGAUUUGCUAUGAGCUUUUAGCCUUCUGCUU